CUGGACUAGAGCGGCAGGCAGUGGCGUGCUGACACCUCUCAUCUAUGUGUGUGUCUUUUUUAACCCGAACAGCGGGUCAGGGCUUGGCUGAAGACUAAAGGCAGAAGCACAACAACUUUUCAGUUGCAGUCACGUUCAUCUCUGUUGCACUGAGGGAUUUACAUUUUUGGCAGUCUUCCACGCACCGUUUCUUGGAACAUGGGUGCGAGGCGAUCUGUGCCAGAAUUACUUGUCCUGUAUGCAGCCCUGUUCGCCGGCUUAUGCAGGUCGAAAGAUAUGCAGGAGAUGGAAGUGAUUGACGUGCUGACGCUGAAUGAUGCCAAGCAGAGCGUGGCAGCGGUGGAGAAGGUGGCAAGGGCUCUUGGGACAGCCGAUGACAUCUACAUCGCCUCCACCUUUCGCGUGCCGCCAAAGCUGGGCGGCAUGCUGCUCGGCCUGUACAACAAGCAGGACAACAGGAAGUACCUGGAGCUGGCCAUCAUGGGCAAGAUCAAUAAAGUCCUUGUGCGUUAUCUGCGGAAGGACGACAAGCUCCACACCGUUAACCUCCAGAAUGCCAACCUGGCCGACGGACGCACUCACUCAAUCAUCCUGCGGGUGGGCGGGCUCCGCCGGGCAAACCUUAACCUGGAGCUCUACAUUGACUGCCGAUUGGCCGACACCAGCAAGGGCCUCCCCUCAUUGGUCCAGCUUCCAUCAGAUGCAGAGUCGGUGGACAUCCGUAACGGCUAUAAAGCCUACGCCAGGCUACAGGGCUCUGUGGAGACCCUAAAGCUGGCUCUUGGGGGCAGUGUAGCAACAGCAGGUGCCCUAACAGAAUGCCCUUUCCAGGGAGACUCCUCACUGUACAACACUGUGAAUGGGGAAGUAAACUCCAUACUUGGUGAUCACACUAAGGCUCUGAUUGGUCAGCUCAUUAUCUUCAACCAAAUUCUGGGGGAGCUGCGGGAAGAUAUCAGAGAACAGGUCAAAGAGAUGGCUCUCAUCAGGAACACUAUACUAGAGUGCCAAGUGUGUGGCUUCACUGAGCCACGGUCCCGCUGUUCCCCUAACCCCUGCUACAAGGGGGUGUCCUGUCAGGAGACCCCAAACUUCCCUGGGUACCGCUGUGGGCCCUGUCCUGAGGGCAUGGAAGGCAAUGGUACUCAUUGCAGGGACACUGAUGAGUGUGCCCUUGCCCAGCCGUGCUUCAGUGCAGCAGGGUGUGCGAACACUGCCAAGGGCUUCACCUGUGAGCCCUGCCCCCCCGGACUCUGGGGCCCCCCUGUCUCUGGGGUUGGUUUGGCGUACGCCAAGAGUCACAAACAGGAGUGUUCAGACAUUGAUGAGUGUGUUGAGGUCAGCAAUGCCUGUGUGCCCAAUUCUCUGUGCACCAACACUGUGGGCUCCUUUGAGUGUGGCCAAUGCAAAGGAGGCUUUUUUGGAAACCAGUCGGUCGGCUGCUUUCCGCGGACAUCUUGUGCCACGCUGAGUUUCAACCCUUGUGAUGCCAAUGCGCAUUGUGUCAUCAAGUGGAACGGGGAUGUAGCCUGUAGGUGCAAUGUGGGCUGGGCUGGAAACGGGAACACCUGCGGUCCAGACAUGGACAUUGAUGGAUACCCGGACCAGUCUCUCCCCUGCAUCGACAAUGACAAACACUGCAAGCCGGACAAUUGCAUUUCCACGCCAAACUCUGGUCAGGAGGAUGCAGAUAAUGAUGGUAUUGGGGACCAGUGUGAUGAUGAUGCUGAUGGAGAUGGGAUCAAGAAUGUUGAGGACAACUGUCGCCUGGUGGCAAACAAAGACCAGCAGAACUCUGACACAGAUUCGUUUGGUGACGCCUGUGACAACUGCCCAAACGUCCCCAAUAUUGACCAGAAAGACACUGACAACAACGGGGAGGGUGACGCGUGUGACAAUGACAUCGACGGAGAUGGCAUCCUCAAUGUACUGGACAAUUGCCUCAAAGUCCCCAACCCCCUGCAGACAGACCGGGAUGGAGACGGGGUGGGGGAUGCUUGUGACAGUUGUCCUGAAAUCAGCAACCCCAUGCAGACGGACAUUGACAAUGACCUGGUAGGAGACAUGUGUGACACCAACCAGGACAUGGAUGGGGACGGACACCAGGACUCACGGGACAACUGCCCAGACAUCCCCAACAGCUCCCAGCUGGACUCGGACAACGACGGCAUCGGUGAUGACUGUGAUGACGACGAUGAUAACGACGGGAUCCCAGAUUACGUACAUCCUGGCCCUGACAACUGCCGGCUCAUACCAAACCCAAACCAGAAAGACUCUGAUGGAAAUGGGAUGGGCGAUGUGUGUGAGAAAGACUUUGACAAUGAUACCGUGAUGGACCAGUUUGACGUGUGCCCAGAGAGCGCAGAGGUCACACUGACGGACUUCAGAGCCUAUCAGACGGUCAUCCUGGACCCUGAGGGAGACGCCCAGAUUGACCCCAACUGGGUGGUGCUCAACCAGGGUAUGGAGAUUGUUCAGACCAUGAACAGCGAUCCUGGAUUAGCUGUGGGCUACACGGCCUUCAACGGCGUGGACUUCGAAGGCACGUUCCACAUCAACACAGUGACAGACGACGACUACGUCGGCUUCAUCUUCGGCUACCAGGACUCCUCCAGCUUCUACGUGGUGAUGUGGAAGCAGACGGAACAGACCUACUGGCAGUCCGUGCCCUUCCGUGCCUUGGCUGAGCCAGGCCUGCAGCUAAAGGCGGUGAAGUCCCGGACCGGCCCGGGCGAGUUCCUGCGCAAUGCCCUGUGGAACACGGGUAGCACGGCGGGGGAGGUCAGGCUGCUCUGGAAAGACCCGCGCAACGUGGGCUGGAGGGACAAGACGUCUUACCGCUGGCAGCUCAGCCACCGCCCCCAGGUGGGCUACAUCAGACUGAAGCUGUAUGAAGGGCACGUAUUGGUGGCUGACUCGGGCGUGGUCAUCGACACCACCAUGAGGGGCGGACGUCUGGGCGUCUUCUGCUUCUCACAGGAGAAUAUCAUCUGGUCCAACCUGGGCUACCGCUGCAACGAUACCGUCCCAGAUGACUUCAGCGCCUAUCGUAAACAAGUACAGAUGGACCUCCAGGUGUGAGGGAGGGGUGAAGGCGAGGGAGGUGUGGGGCAGAUGGACACCCUGUGCGCACAGCCUGGACACAGAACCCACAGCAUCGCCUGUGUCUGUCAGCUGAUGUGAGCUGUCAUGAGUGUGACCGAGUCUGUAUGGGGGAAAGGAAACAGACCCUUCUUGUCCCGGUCGCACUGAACUGAAGCAGAGGGCUAACGUUAGCUCCAAGCCAAACAAAAAAGUAUAAACUGAUUUUCAUCAGGCUGAUUAGUGCUGUGCAAGGGUAGUGAUGUCUCUGUCCCGUCCUCACUGUGUGGAUGAAUGUGAUGAGCGUUAAGAACGGAACGUGUGUAUAUGUGUGUGUGUGCAUGCAGUAAAAUGUCACCAUUGAAAUAAAGCGCACAAACUAUCCUAACUGGGUUUAAUUUCCCAACGGAUCAUUUUUUAAAUCACAAAAUCUUGAGAAACAAAACUAACAGAAAAUUCAUACACAGUAAACUAUUACCCAGACAUUUCUGUUACAAUGUAAAAAUAAAAUUUUGGCCCUGAAAUGUGUACUUCAAUAGUGAGACAGUUUAUUAUACAAUCCUGUUAACCCACAAAUGAGUGUGUGAAUGUCUUUUUUUAGUACAUGGAUUAUUUUUUUAUACUGUACUUUAUAGGGCUGUGAGUCUUCAUGCAAUAAUUAAAUAUGAA